UGAUGAAUUAUCAAGCCUCGCAAGCUCUGAUCGAAAGAACCAGUGGAUUCUCGAAAAAAAAUUUGGAAGAAGGGGAGAUGCAAUUAUCCGAAAAUGUUCAACUUGAAUUCGGAGGUUCAAAAGCCGGUAAACUAUAUGAAGGACCGAAUGAAACAAAGUGA